UUCCGCAAGAAACAACUCAAAUUUGCGAAGAGUCGCAUUCACGACUGGGGACUGUUUGCUCUGGAGCCGAUUGCGGCCGACGAGAUGGUCAUCGAGUAUGUGGGCCAGAUGGUGCGGCCCAUCAUGGCUGACCGGCGGGAGCAGUUCUACACGCAGAUCGGCAUCGGGAGCUCGUACCUCUUCAGAGUAGAUGUUGAAACCAUCAUUGAUGCCACCAAAUGUGGCAAUCUGGCCCGGUUCAUCAAUCACAGCUGCAAUCCAAACUGUUACGCCAAAGUAAUUACAGUGGAAGGGCAGAAGAAGAUCGUCAUUUACUCAAAGCAGCCCAUCAACGUCAAUGAGGAGAUCACCUAUGACUACAAGUUCCCUUUGGAGUACGAAAAAUUUGUGUGUCUGUGUGGAGCGCCCCAGUGCAGGGGUUUCUUGAACUGA